AACGUCCUCAUCGAUGGUGAUAGAAAGGCAUAUCUUGCAGAUUUUGGCCUUUCCGGAACUUUCAAAAAAUCGACCGGCAUGACGUACCUCGCCAAAAUGACUUGUCAUCCAGGCGCAGUGAGAUGGGCAGCUCCUGAACUUCUUUCCGGGGAAGAACCAGCUUCCGCAACCACUCAAAGCGACAUGUAUUCCUUCGGCAACAUCAUGCUUCAAGUUUUGACGGGAAAUGUGCCCUGGUGUCACUUGACCUGUGACUUCCAGAUCACGUAUCAAGUGGUUAUUGAGGGGAAAAUACAUCCCCGUCCACACGAUCUUUACGUCACAGACCGGCACUGGAAUUUUAUGACCCGCUGCUGGUCUAUGCCAUUUACUGAUCGGCCU